AUGCCCAACAACCCGCGCAACGCGGACCAGGAGUACCUCCAAGGACCCCGGAUCCCGGGCGCACUCCGCUUCAACCUCGACAAGGUCGCGGAGCAUGAUCCGGCCAAGAACCCCUUGGGGCUGACGCAUAUGCUCCCCUCGGCCGAGACUUUUAGGGAGGCUGUUGAGACCCUCGGCAUCACGCCCGACACGCACGUCGUCGUGUACGACACGGUGGGCGUGUUCUCCGCCCCGCGUGGCGUGUUCACGUUCAAGGCCCUUGGCCACGACAAGGUGUCCGCGCUGAACGGCGGUCUCCCCCGCUGGAUUGAGGAGGGCUACGACGUCGACGAGGAGGAGCUGAGCAAGGACCCCGUCGCCGCGAAGCGUUCUUCCUACCCCGUCCCGAAGAGGCACGACGACUACGUCAGGUCGUACGAGCAGAUGGUGGACAACUCGACCGCAGACCCGGCGCUGGCCGACGUAGUCCUCGACGCUCGCGCAAUCCCGCGCUACGCGGGCGAGGCGCCCGAGCCGCGUCCAGGCCUCCCCAGCGGGCACAUCCCGAACUCGCUGCCCUUGCCGUUCAACGACCUGCUGACCGAGCCCUCGGAGACAGAGCCGUACACGCGCUACCGGUCGCCGCAGGAGCUGAGCCAGAUCAUCAUCGACGGCGUCGGCGGCAAGACGGUGUGGGACGAGAUUGCGCUCGACGGGCGCGGGCUCGUCUUCUCGUGCGGCAGCGGCAUGACGGCGUGCGUUGGCUGGCUGGCCGCGCGCGCCGUGGCUGAGGGCGAGAACCAGAUGCUCGCCCAUGAGGCAGUGUAUGACGAGAGCUGGAGCGGGUACGCGCAGCGCAAGGAGUCAAAGAUUGAGAAGGGACAUGGAAACAAGGACGCCGUCAGGAAGCAGAAGUAA